GUCUCAAAGCGUGGCAUACCGACACACAGGUAAAAAACUAUAAAAACCCCAAACACCUUCCCACUUAAGAACUGUAUUUGAUCUUUACUUGAUCAAUAAGGAAGUUGUUUAUUUUCUGGACUUUCAUUUUUUGUGAUUUCAUUACAUUGCAUCAUGAAUCAGUUUCUGAUUCUCAUUGCUCUUGGUGUCGUUUUUGCCAACGCAGAAGAGCCAUUUUCUAUUGGACUUGGUACGCUAUCACCAUCUUACUCCCAAACUGUUGGCAAGGAAAAUGUGAAAGUUCAAUUUGAUCAGAAGGAAAACGGAGCCUUUUCUUAUUCCGUAGGAGACCCUAGUGGAUCGAAUUCAUUCUUACAAUUCGGAGACGCUGCUCAUCAAGCUGCUCCAGCUGGCUAUGCAGCGCCAUCCCAAUACGCUGCACCAGCACCAGCUGGAUAUGGUGCUCCAGCACAAGCUGGAUAUGGUGCUCCUGCACAAGCUGGAUAUGCUGCACCAGCACCAACUGGAUAUAAUGGACAAAUGCCAGCCUACAAUGGCGCCAAUAAUUUCAUAGCUCCUGCACAUGGUUAUCAAGGAUAUGGUGGUCCAGCUCCUCAGGCAGGUUAUUUUGGAAACAAUGGUUUCCAAGCUGCUGCUCGAAAACCAGAAGAGUCUGGAGGUGGUAUAUUACCUGCAGGUUUUUCUUACCACGCUACUGAUGGACAAUCCUUUUUGGGAUCCAUGGGAGAAUCUAAAACUUUUAUGGUAGAAGACAGCCAAGAAUCAGCCAGAGGACCAGCCGAAACCAGUUUCUUUGAUAGGAAACCUGGUCUUGUCAAUGGACUAGUGGGCUAUGGUCCUGGAGGAGCAAGAGGAGGUCUGCAAAUCGGUGGAUAUGCUGGCCCGCAAUAUCAAGGAGCCCAUAAGGAACAUGGUGGACAUGAAUAAACUGUACUCGAUCACUGCAAAACAUUUGCUCAUUAGUUUGCCAAUAAGUGACCAAUAGACUGUUAGUGGUCUAUAUGAUUGGAUGAGUAAUAGAAUUUCAGGUGAUACGAUAUUUAGAUGAUGAUUUCAGAAGAUAUUUAUGCAGUUCAAUCAGAUAUUGCAUGGUAAUUGCAAAGGAGUUGUUAUUUUUUAAUAUAAAAAAAGCAUUUUACGUAUUUUCAAAUAAUUUCAAAUGCAAAAUAUCUUGAUGACAAAUUAAGUCUAAAAACAUAAUAAUUUGGGAAUAUUUGGGAUAGUGUUCCAAAGGGGUGUUUGGUAUUGUUUUUAAAGAAAAAUAUAAGAUUGAAUUAUCUAUAUAAGUUACAUAACUCGUACAACAAUUUGUAGUAACUAUUUGUAAUUGACUGUAAACACGAAAUAACAGAACUUACAUUUAUACCUAAAUAUUUAACGCACAUGUUCUCGCUACCAAGUAGCUAUGAAGAGUAUAAAUAAGUGUUGGAAUCAUAGAAUUUACAAAAACGUAUUUAUCAAGCAUUUUUUUUUUAGUUGAUGGGUCUCAUUUAUAACCAAAAAAAUCUGAACUUUAAAGGUAUAAAUAAUCUGUUUUUUUUUUCUCUUUACUUUUUCAAUUGAAAAUUCAGUGAUUUAAUAACACAUUUUUCAAAAUUUUUAUUUUAAUAUUAUGCUGUUUAAUAAAUAUCCAGUUACAUAUUCUUAUUCAAACAAAUUUUUUAAUAGAACUAAGCAGAAAUGUGGGGUUUUCUCCAAAAUGGAUUUAAAGUUUUUCCUGUGUGCUGGCGCUUGGGCAACGACUGUAUAAAUUUAAUUUUUUAAAAGCUUCAUUGUAAAUUUUGGAUUGUUUUUUAAAUUUCUAGUGCGAGAAAAACGAAUAAAAGUGAAUAAAUACAAGAUACCAAUAGUCAACUUUCUGCGUUUUUGAAAAUGUUAUUAAAAUGACGUAAUGAAAUUGAUGUAUGUGUCAAAAAUAUUGUUUAUUGCAGCAUUUUUAUGAUUAUUUAUUAAAUGUAUGUUUACAUAAAAUGUUUGUAUUU